GAGGUGCUGAGCUCGCGGGCGGCGGCCGAGGCGGUGCAGUUAGGCGGCUGGGCGGGUGCCCAGGCACCGGCAUGGCUGGAUGGUGGCGGGCGCUGCCGCGCGCGGCCCAGCGCUACCCGUGGCCCACCAACGUCCUGCUCUACGCCGGGCUCUUCUCGGCCGGCGACGCGCUCCAGCAGCGGCUGCGGGGCGGCCCGGCAGACUGGCGCCAGACGCGGCGCGUGGCCACCCUGGCCGUGACCUUCCACGCCAACUUCAACUACGUGUGGCUGCGCCUGCUGGAGCGCGCGCUGCCCGGCCGCGCGCCGCGCGUGGUCCUGACCAAGGUGCUGUGCGACCAGUUGUUCGGAGGGCCCAUCGCCCUCUCGGCCUUCUACGUCGGUAUGAGCAUUCUUCAGGAAAAGGAUGACGUACUUUUGGACCUGAAACAGAAAUUUUGGAAUACGUAUAAGACAGGUCUGAUGUACUGGCCUUUUGUACAGCUGACCAACUUCGGCCUGGUUCCCGUCCACUGGAGGACAGCUUACACUGGACUCUGUGGUUUCCUCUGGGCCACCUUCCUCUGCUUUUCCCAGCAGAGCGGCGAUGGCACCUUGCAGUCGGCAUUCGCCUUCCUUCACAGAAAAGAGGCCGAUGUGGGAGGAAGGCGCCCAGGGAAGUGAGGAGGCAGGGCCCCCCUUAAUGGGACUACCUUUUGUUCCCAAAGUGCACUGAAUUCCCUGCAGAGAAAGCAUUUCAUUCAUCAGGUCUGAGCUCCAUUUUGAAGAAUCGCACUUCUGUAGACCCAAUUGCUUUUAAAUGAUCCAUGGUUCCUUUAAAUUUCAUCCAGAACUUCUCCCCCAGUUCUACUCUGAAAAUCCUACUUCUCUAAAGCUUUUGCUUUCCUGGUAUUUUGGCUAAAAUUGACUACAGUGGCAAAAGGGCAUUUUAGAAUUAUUAAUAUUUCUGUUCUAAUAUUUUAGUCCUGUUGAGUUCAGAGACCCCAGUGCUACUUGUUUAUAUCUCUAUUUUAAAAUCUCAGGUUGUCUCCUAAACACUUUUGGAUCAGAUUACCUUUUAUAUCAAAUAUAGCCCUGACAGUGCAUUUCUACUUACAUAGAACUCAAUCAAGGAGAAGACUGAAUAAUCAGAUUUCCCCUCUGAAAUACUCUAGAAUAAUUAUUAUGCUGAUGUUUAAAUUCUAUAAGUACACUUUUAUCAUCAAAAAAGAAUAGAGUAUGAUGAGCAUUCCAAGCAAUAUUUUAUUGAUGUAUUCUACUUUUAUAUCAUAACAUCUAAGUAUACUUUUAGUUAAUGUUUUUUACUUUUGAGCAUAUUCAAUUGACUAAAACACCCCAUUUCCUAGAUAUGUGAAAUAAAAUAUUUGUCUUCUUAGUGAACUAUAUUGAAUGAAAGUUCUAAAAAAAACUAAUAAUUUUUCUUCUCUGAGAGGAGAAACUUGAGUCCAUACUGUACCAGGGAAAAUAGUUACCCCAAAUCUCACACAGGUGUUUUGUUUUUUCUUCUUGAAAGCUCCCUGGGUCAAAUUCAAGGUCUUGCUCAUGCUAACAAGCACUGCUGAGCUACACCCAGCUCACUGAUGUAUUUUUAAGAUUCAGUGCUUUAAAAUUAAUAUGUAUACUUUAAAAUAGGUGUGAGAAACUUGAGCCUGUCUUUCAAAUUUAUCCAGUAUGUCUAACCUCAACACCAGCAGGUUUAAAAAUUAUGUGAAUAACUGGGUAUAGUCAUGUGGACUGGUGUCCUAGUUAUUCAGGAAGCUGAGGCAGGAGGACUCCUUGAGCCCAGUUUCAGCCACUUUCACUCAAGAGUUACCCCACAAUUCUGUUGCUUCCAAAGGCCUGUUUCCCAAUUUUCUAGAUGUGAAGCCCUGAACUCUUUUUUUCUUUCUUUUUAUUUUUUGGUACUGGAGAUUUAACCCAAGGUGUUUUACCACUGAGCCACAUUCCCAUCCAUUUUUGUUUGUUUGUUUUCUAUUGAGAGACAGGGUUUCACUAAGUUGCUUAGGGCCUUGCUAAGUUGCCCAGGCUGACCUUGAACUUGUGAUUCUCCUGUCUUAGCUGCCUGAGUUGCUGCGAUUACAGGGUCUGCACCACCACACCUUGCCCCUGAACUCUUUUUUUUUUCCCCCUUAAAACUCCUAAUUUAUCUUGAGAAUUUAUAUUUAAGAUCAAUUUAAGAAUGUAUUUGUAAAUUUUUAAGCCUGUGAUUUGUACAACUUGUAAUAUGUUUACAUAAUUCUUAAACAUGUAACUUUUAAAUAUAUAUAAUUUAUUUGAAUUAAUAGUUGUUGAUAUAUUUUACAUUUGGGCAAUACUAAGAAAGUUUCUAGAUGGUUGAAUUCUAAAACAAUUUGUUAUUUGCAUUAUUUCAAAAGUAGUUAAUACAACAGAAAAGCCAUUUGUUAACACAAAGCAAAUCGUGUCAUCAAAAAAGUGUAUCCAGGAUAAUUAUAAUUAAGUACUACUCGUCAAAAUUUUUGGACAUCUAGUUUCCAUCUGCAGUCUCCAGAGAUCUGACCCUUUCCAUAAAAUUGAAAAAUGGAGUCUUGGUGCGGGGUUUGGGGUGUGGGGGGUGGUAGCUUUCUUUCUCUGUGAAUGGAGAUGGGGUCUUGAAGGAGAAAGUAUAGAGAAAUAAGUAUUUAGGGGCUGGGAGUGGGACUUGAUGGUAGAGCAUUUGCCCAGCAUUUGGCUGGGUUUGGUCCCUAGCACUGCAAAAAUGAAAAAAGAAAGGAAAAGCGAGAGGAAAAAAUAUACGUAGUGUCUAAUGCAGAGAGAAAUUUCCACUGACCAUUCCUCAACUUUCAAAAAAAUGUAGGUACUUUCAUCCAGCUCACCUGUAGUUAAAAGUCAUUCAUAAUUUGCACCUUAUCAGUCUUUUUUGUAGGCAAAUUAAUAGAAGUCACAGGAGAGGUUGGGUAUGUUUAAAAUCUUCUAGCAAGUGUGACCGGCUUAUCCUGCGACUUCCAUAUUUUUUCUCAAAAUCUGUUCAGUUGGGUAAUUUGGUGGAUAGAGUAACUGAUUAUUUGUCUGCUGUAAUGUCAGUAAAUUUGGUAGUUACGGAUCACACUGAAUUUACUUCCGGGGAAGGAAGCUUUGGGAAGAUUUAAUUAUUACUAGAUGUGCAAUGAUGCUGUUUGGGCCAGAAUAAGAAACUGUUUAAUGAAUGAAAGAAAUGAAACCUACUAAAAGUUAGGGUUCAAAGGGGGAACGUUUUCAUUAAUGACUGUAAUUUUGGUGAAUCGAGGAAAAAUUAUUCUAUCUCUUUCGGAUUAAAACCCUAAAAAGAAAUUUUACUUUGGCAUUUUGGGUUGUGUCUCAAUAGGGCCUUCACGUUCACUGUGUAGCUAUACUUGACCAAAUUAAAUGUGGAUAGUCUCCUUAAUAGAGACAGAUUACCGGGAAUAAUUUCUAACCCAUGUGCCAUCACUACAUAUUUUAUUUGAUUACUGUUUUUCUUCCAAAGUCCAUCAUCUUUUAGUAUUCAUUUGCAGCUAUCCAAAAAUAUUUUUUGCUACAUGGGUAAUUUACUUGUAGUUCAUUGAAAUUUCAUGUGAAUUUCUUCAGAGUGUUUGCCAAAACAAAUUAUGGUCUAGAACAACCAUAAUAUAGUUUAAGAGGCAGCUUUCAUUUAAAAUUAGGUUCAUCUUCUGAGAAUAUUAAAAGUUAAUGGAUUUCUGUGCCUGGAGUUUUUGACUUUGGAUUGACUUCAUUUAAUCCAUUGUUACUCAUGAGCUUUAGAACUAAAUUGCCGAAAAUGCAAACUAUUGAAAUAUUUUCAUUUAAUAUCGUUGGCAGCCCAUAAGUGAAAAGGGAAAUCUGGAGUUUAAAGAUCAAGAGCAUAUGAAGAGAUGUGAACAGAAAAAAAUAAUUAAUAAUAUUUUUGGUACACAUUCAUUGAAAGCUUGUCUUUUUCUAUUUUUGGUGUGUCUAUCUUUCCUUAACUGAAUAUAUAUUUUUAAGAAUUUUAUUUUCCUUAACUGAAUCUUUAUUCAUGCAUCUCUUCCUUGCUCUGGGUGGACUCUCCACCAAAGCCCCCCUCUCCAGGGCUGGAGAUGCGGCUCAGCAUGUGUGAGCCCUGGGUUCUGUCCCCAGCACCCGCAAAGAAAACGCCCCAAACAAAAACAAAAUGUGGAUCGCACACCUGUCUCCGUUGCCAGUACUUGGACCAUUCAAACACUCCAGGGUGGUAGAAUAAUGUCCCUAAGGUCAGGGGUCAGUACCCUAGUGAUGGGGACAACCAUGCAUUAGAGAAGGUGGUACCCCCCCUCCCCUCUCCUUCCUCUGGGUGCCCCCUAUCUCUGGCUGUAGUGCUCUCUCUUUCAAAUUAGUCCUCGCUUCUUUUCCUUGCUCUCAAAACUCCUGUUGUCUUUCCUUUGGCUGAUUUCAGCUACAUGUUCCAAAAGUAGUCUUAUUAAACUAUUUUACUGUGAUGUGUAGAAAAGCCUUUCUAUAUUAUUUUUUUAAUUUGUUCUUUUUAAAUAUUUAUGAUAGUAGAGUAUAUUUUGACACAUACAUGCAUGGAAUAUAACUUAUUCUAAUGAGGAUCUCAUCCUUGUGGUUAGAUUUUAUUUUGUUAUUGCUAAUACAAACUUAUCUUUGGAUGGCUUUUCAGGAACUCAUUCUGUGGGGAGAGGGGAGGUUAUAUUUUUUUGGCAGAAGACUCCCGGUACACUUUACAUGAUGCCAUCCAAUUUCUGUUGGAUGAAAACCAGCCUGGCAAAGAUCAUUGCCAUCAUUGUGAAUUUUUAGCAAAGUCUAGUCAUUCUCUGUUUGAGUAUCUGUCUUCCCUACCAGACCAUGAGCUUGGAGGAAGAAUAUAUUUCUUAUUCAUAUUUGUAUUUGAGGGGUUCUGCACAGGGUGGGCAGAGAGCAGAAACUCAGCAAGAUUGUGAAUGAAUUUAUGUAGUUUGUGGAUUGUUUUUUCUGUCUAAAACUGAACGGAUCACCCUUUCACUUUCAUCUCCAUAUGCAGACAGCUAUACUGUGUUAAUCGCUGUACAGCCCUGACUUUCUCCAGCUGUAGCUCCCAGGGCCAGACAGUUGUUCUCUUGGAGGUGGAAAUGGCUUGUGGGAUUUGGAUCUACAGCCCUGCUUGCAUGUAACCCUCAGAAGAGCAACUUUUCAUGUCUCUCCCCAUCUCUACAAGACCAGGGUGUUGGUCUUUAAAAGUUGAAUGGAAGCUGGUUGCAGUGGCACAUACCUAUAAUCCCAGUGGCUCAGGAGGCUGAGACAGGAGGAUCACAAGUUCAAAGCCAGCCUCAGCAGCUUAGGGAGGUCCUGUCUCAAAAAAAAAAGUGGGGGGCGGGGGGCCCUGGGAUGUAGCCCAGUUGUUAAGCAUCCCUGGGUUCAAUCCUCAAAAAGAAGAGUUGAAUGGAGCCAAGAAUGGGGAAUGUAGAUCAGUGGUCGAGCCCUUGUUAGCAUGCACACGGGCCUGGGUUCCAUCCCCAUCAUUCCAAAAAUAAAUAAAAAUUAAAAGUUGGAUGGAAUGGUAAUGGGGUCUUCCCCAAACCACUAAAUAGCCCUUGUGCAUGUCUAUCACUAUUUAAUAGUUCAUGGUGCAUACUAGGGCUUGUCUGAGUGAUGACUGACAGAUCACACCUGUUACACAAUUGCAGGAACAUUCCUCCCUGCGACCUCUGAAAUCACAAUAGUAGGUGCCUGCUUGUUCUUCCUCUUCUGCAUUCACUCCAUAGGACAAGAAAGUCCACAUGACCUGAAGAUGGAAAUUGAGCCAGAUAGCCAGACAGUGGCCAAAUAAUAGAAUUGACUGCAUUUCCACAUUGGGUUGCUAAUGGAUGGAGUGUGUGCGCUAUGAAUUUGUGCCUGUUGGGGACUGAGAACUGGUUCCUGUUAAGUGGCAAACCUUCUACUACCACUGGAAGGCUACUGCAGGCUACCACAGUGCUAUUCUUUACUUCUAUACCAAGGUCAAAUGCUUGGUAUUUGACCUUGGUUCCUGCCAUGUUGAAUAUUACCAUUUAGUAUUCAUGAUGAAUGUUCUAUAUGCUUACUUUCUAAUACUUGUAUCAGUGUCCUGUUCCUCUGAGCCACGUGGCCAGAACGUUCUUUUCCUAUUUCAAGUGGGAAGCAUUGUAAAAGCAACACUAGUUGCUUCAUUUUCGAGUUUAAAUUUUAUGUAUCACUUAUGGAUAUUAAAAUGUUGAUGUAGUAUGACUGUGUAUAUAAAAAGUAAAUGAAUUUUAAGCAAA